AUGUCAGAUUUUGUGCUGAUCGGUGUGCAUGGUACGACACAACGACAAUACGCCUCCGCCACCUUUCUCCAACGGCUUUCGUUUAUCUCCUACAAAGUCCCCUAUGAUCUCAAGCCAUUCCCGCCCGAGGCGCCGCCCACCUUUGGAAUCCUGCCCAUUUCCGGGCUUCCCAGAUUCCAAAUAGGGAAAGGAAACGUCAUGCCAAUGCUGGAUAAAGAAGUCGAGGUCACAUCAAUUCGAAAUGGAUGA